AAUGGAAAUGAUUCAUUACAAAUAACAAGCGCCGUAAAAGAUAAGGACGCAAUCAAAUUGUUUGUCGGUCAACUGCCACGCGACUGUACGGAAGAAGAUCUCCAUUCAUUAUUUGAUCAAUUUGGUCCGAUCUACGAGUUAGCUGUUAUCAAAGAUCGAACUACCAAACAACAUAAAGGAUGUGCUUUUGUAACAUAUUGUAAGAAAUCUAGUGCCGAAGCUGCUCAGUCAGCUUUCCAUGAAAAGAAAGUUUUAUCAGGAGUAAGU